UACAAGGCGCCAAGGCAAUCCUAUCAUCUUCUUCUUCUUCUCUCUUGGCUAUCCAUCCCCUUUGCCCCGAGUCACACCACGUUCAAGGUCACGAGUCACCCUCCUCAAAUGUCGAAACUAUCCUUCCAGCCAUUCCUAAUUUACCAUCCAAGGACCAGCUCUCAUGGCUCGUUGUCCAUACUCCUCCACUGAAGUUCAAGCUCAUGCAGGGUGGUUCAGGUUCAGCUCCAUGGACCUCCAUAGCCUCCCCCGACGCUCCACUAGCUUCUCCUCCUGCUCUUCUUCUUCGCUUAUCGGCUCCGAGAGCUCCCUAUCUUCGUAUAUAUGCCCCCACAUACCCUUUGGAAAUGCAUUCAGAUUCACACUUCGUAUAGGGAACUAUAAUUGUUUCAGAAGAUCCGCUAUAAUGACUACGAAGAAAGGCAAGUCAAGCACUACUUUGAAAGAAUUAUGGCGCAUAGUUUGGACUAUAGAAGCCGAUUUGACAGCUGGUCAGCUUCUGUACAUAACUGGGGAUCCUGAUGUAUUAGGCUCCUGGGAUCCAGAGAUGGCUAUACUUAUGUCUCCAACUGAACAUACAAACUUAUGGAAGGCUGAAGUCAAGAUGGCUUAUGGUGGAAAUUUCAAGUAUAAUUAUUUUAUAAAAGAAGAAACAUGGCCUUCAUGUGACAUCAUUUGGAGACCUGGGCCUGAAUUUUCUAUAUCAGUACCUCUACCUGUUCAACAAGAUAAAAGAAUUAUGGUGAGAGACUCAUGGAUGAGGUUUGAUACCAAAAAGCCUCCAGCUCAAGUAUGGGAUUCAUGGAUAGAGGAGACAUAUCUUCCCAUACAAUCUUUAAUAUCAGCUCCAGCCAGAGUGGUUUGACAGAUGAAGAUGAGAUAGUGAAAAUCCUUGCAAGAGAUUCAAUAGAAUCAAAGCCGUUCUUACAUGAUUCCACAGUCAAGG